GAAGGUGAUGGGCUUGUGGCAUCAAAAGCAGGUUAGAUACCCUUUCCGUGCUAGGAGGACAACCAUGAGAAUGCCUCGUCUGCUGCCGACAAUGUGACUGAGCCGACGUCGGCCCCCGACGACCUGACCGAGCCGCCCUGCACCCCUAACGAUGUGACGGACCCCCUGGACAUCCGAGACGCAGAGGCGCACCUGAGGAUGAAGCCACAGGUGGAGCUGGAGAACCUGCACCGCGGCCUGGCCAACACGGAGGGGGAGAUGGACACCUGGGUCCAGAUGGAGCAGCCAAGCAACAAGCAGGCCCGCGCCCUGGCCACUCAGCUGGAGAAGAUGCGCCUCGACAUGGAGCUCACCAUGACCAGGUACCGCUAUGAGGACAAGGAGAAGCAGCGGCAGCAUGAGGAGAAGAUGGAAGCCAUGCGCCAGCAGGCACUGUCAACAGCACAGCCUUCUGGGGGGAGCCAUCAUUUCCUGUUACCUCAGGACCAGUUCACCUUGUUCCUGUAUUGCUUCAUCUUCAUACACGUCAUCUACAUAGCGAAGGAACUGGUGUUCUUCUUCAUUAAGAAGCACGAGAUGUUUGCCAUCGGUGUCAUCCUCAUAUGUGCCAUUAAAAUAUUCUGGAAGUAAGA